CCUGCGCGGUGGGCCGGUACGAACAAGUGUGCUGCACCCCUGGCGCCGGCUGGGGGCGAGCAGAUCUCGAGCAGCCCCAGCAGCCGUUGAGAUCGUCGCAGCGGGGUUCCAGAGGCCCGGGAGGUGGGAGCCUUCCCACUCGUUGACUGAGAUGUCGUCCACCGCAGCUUUUUGCCUUCUCUCUACCCUGGGAGGGUACUUGGUGACCUCAUUCUUGUUGCUUAAAUACCCGACCUUGCUGCACCAGAAGAAGAAGCAGCGAUUCCUCAGUAAACACAUUUCUCACCGCGGAGGUGCCGGAGAAAAUUUGGAGAAUACAAUGGCAGCUUUUCAGCAUGCAGUUACAAUUGGAACUGACAUGCUAGAAUUGGACUGCCAUAUCACAAAAGAUGAGCAAGUUGUAGUGUCACAUGAUGAGAACCUAAAGAGAUCAACUGGGAUCAAUGCAAAUGUCUCUGAUCUCAAGUAUUGUGAGCUCCCACCUUACCUUGGCAAACUGGAUGUCCCAUUUCAAAGAGCGUGCCAAUGUGAAGGAAAAGAUACCCGAAUUCCAUUACUGAAGGAAGUUUUUGAGGCCUUUCCUAACACCCCCAUUAACAUCGAUAUCAAAGUCAACAACAAUGUGCUAAUUAAGAAGGUUUCAGAAUUGGUGAAGCAGUAUAAGCGAGAACACUUAACAGUGUGGGGUAAUGCAAGUUAUGAAAUUGUGGAAAAGUGCUACAAAGAGAAUUCAGAUAUUCCUAUACUCUUCAGUCUACAACGUGUUCUGCUUAUUCUUGGCCUUUUCUUCACUGGCCUCUUGCCUUUUGUGCCUAUUCGAGAGCAGUUUUUUGAAAUCCCAAUGCCUGCUAUCACAUUGAAGUUAAAAGAGCCCCACACCAUGUCCAGAAGUCAAAAGUUUCUCAUCUGGCUUUCUGAUACAUUAUUAAUGAGGAAAGCUUUAUUUGACCACCUCACUGCCCGAGGCAUUCAAGUGUAUGUUUGGGUAUUAAAUGACGAACAAGAGUACAAAAGAGCUUUUGAUCUGGGAGCAACUGGAGUCAUGACUGACUAUCCAACAAAGCUUAAGGAUUUUUUACAUAAUUUUCCAGCAUAGAGAAAGGUACUUGGAUAUACUCAGAGGAAUCACGGGAAGACCUAAGAAGAGAAUAUAUCACCAUCAUUUCCCUAAGAUAGUUCCAGAAUGAUAAGCGGUUUAAUCAGUUAAGUUUUGAUUACCUCAUUUUUAAGCCUGUAUGAGAAUGUAGAAACUAUAUAUCGUAUAUUUAUUUUAAACAAUACGGCAUAUAUUACACUUGUAAAUUGUUUAGAAAGAUAAUUGGUUUGAGAUGUAAGUAGGUCAUUGAUGAAGAUGUCUGUAUAUAAUGCAGUAUUCUACUAUAAUUACUUCCGAAAUCAAAGACUGUUGGAUAAAUUUGUCAUUAGCCUUCAUUGGAAUAAGACCAACUAAUUUAGUAAAAGAAAGUUAUUGAAGGCCAUUACAACUGUUCUGCACUGUCUCAUUAUAUCUAAAAAUAUCUUAGUUAAAAAAGAAAGAAAAUAUAAUGGAAGAAGACCUUGAAAAUCAAUUUUAGCUGGGUGUGGUAGCACAUGCCUGUGAUUCCAGCACUUGAGAGGCGGAGGCAGGAGGAUUGCCUUGAGAUCCAGGCCAGCCUGGGAUGCAUAGUGAGUUCAAGGGCAGCCUGAACUACAUAGUGAGGAAAAAAAGAAAAAGAAAGAAAGAAAAUCAAUGUUGUAGUUUUCUGGUAAGUUAUACAUUGUAGCAGAAGACAGGCUCAAAGAAAUAACUGAAAGUUUGUUAAUUGAUCAGAAAUAAAAUCUGUAGAUUGAAUUAGAUUUCUCAGUUGCUGUUGUUAGUGGGGAUAUUCUAUUUGGACUCCUUUUCAAGUGUGUAACAGUGCUACCAUGUCUUUUUUUUUAUACAUUAAAAAUAGACUUUCCAGGGCCAGGGAUUUAGCUCAGUGGUUCCACCGCCUGCCACACAAGCACAAGGUCCUGAGUUUGAUCCCUGGUACCAAAAAAAAAAAAAAAAAUAGACUUUCCAAUUGUAAAUUAAGACAAUGUCCAAAUAGUCAUUUUUUAUGAUUCUUCUUAAGAAAUGUAAUGUUUUCAUUUUUUGGCCUUGACUUCACUGUUUGAGCCUACAUCUAGAUUUUAAAUAACAUCUUGAACUCUAAUAAUUUUAUUAAACUGAUAGAAAUAAAUAUCAUUGUUUGUAAUACUGCUAGUAUGAACCAUUGUUCCUGAUCUUUAAGAAUUCAGUCCUCUGGGGGGCCAGGGAUUUAGCUCAGUGCCGCCAGCACCUGCCUGGCAAGUGCAAGAUUCUGAGUUCAAUUCCUGGUUCUAAAAAAAAACAAAAAAGAAUUCAGUCUUCUGAGUACUAAGUAGAAAGAAAUUUUCCCAAAACAUUAGAUAGCACUUGCUCAGUUUUGCUGAUGUGACUUCAUGUAAAUCUGUUUUAUUUUAUUGACUCAUGUUUAUGAUCUCAAAUUGGGAGAUGAAUAUAAUCUGGAAUAAGUGUCUUUUACCUAUAUUAUGUCUCUCAUUUGGAGUUUGCCAGCUGUACAGCUAUGGAGGAUGACUGUACUCUUUCAUCUGUUCCUGGAAGACAUAUUCAUUAUUUGCUUUGUUGUUUAAACUAAAAUAAAGUUUUCCAAGAACAAAA